CCAUCGUGACGGCCUACGAGACCAACACCCAACACGAUCCCAACAACAACAACGCCAUGCUGGGAGUCCACGCCUCCGCCUCCGCCAUCAUCCAGUACGGAAAAAUAGGUCGCAAACAGGGGUUGGUGAACGUGGCUCUGGACAUUCUGAGCCGCAUCCACACCAUCCCGACCGUUCCCAUCGUGGACUGCUUCCAGAAGAUCCGACAGCAGGUGAAGUGCUACCUGCAGCUGGCCGGGGUCAUGGGCAAGAACGAGUGCAUGCAGGGUCUGGAGGUGAUCGAGUCGACCAACCUGAAGUACUUCACCAAAGAGAUGACGGCCGAGUUCUACGCUCUGAAGGGGAUGUUCCUGGCUCAAAUUAACAAGUACGUCCUCUCUGGUAUUUCUUUACGUGGAAACUGACAGCGUAACCUUUUUAGCAUUUAUUAAUCUUUCUGUCAGUCAUUUUUUUGUGUUAAAUUGCCUCGCUCUGUGGCUGUGUUGAGCUUGUCAGAUUUGUGCGUUGACAUUUAUGUUUUUUCAACAGAUUACUCUAAAUUUUAGCUAAAAA